GGGGAUGUUGGAGGGAGGUGACCGUGUUUCAGUGGAGAAUAGCUCCUCUAUGAACGAACGCCCUUCACACUCACUUGCCUGUGAAUCACAUUUUCCACCUACAGCCCGGUGGCUCCACACUGGGCCCCUCCAGCAGCUCCAGCAGCUCGAGCAGCUCGAGCAGGAGGAACAAACACAACUUUUCCUCUCCACUGGACACGAGUCUCUGCGCGCGCCCGCACACACACACACACACACACACACACAGGGUACAUGCCGUGGACUGAUCGGACACGUUCGGCUUUUCCCGGUCACUUCUAUCGCUCAUUGAUGGGACAACACGAGCGUACAUGGGAAUAAUGGUCCACUCGUUACUUUAUCACGUGUAAUCGAUCGACCACGAUGGAGCCGAUUGAGUGUGUGUGUGUUGUGAUGUGUGGCGGUUAUUGAUCAGCAGUGUCAUGGAUCUUCAGGUGAUCGUGUGGCUCUUCUACUGCUUCCUGCUGCCUCUCGUGCUCCUAACAGCUUGUCUGUUGCGGUUCAACAUCCUGUCCCUGGUUUACUUCUUCUUCCUUCUACUGUUGCCAUGGUUCCUGAGUCCCAACAAACACACAAUUAGAGGUCACACGGGUCGUUUUAUCCAGUCAGUUUUCUGCACCAGUCUGCUCUUUGUUCUGGUUCAUAUCUGCUUUCAGACGGUGCUGUUCACGUACCCUCCUCUCAACUUUAGUAUAGGUGACAACUGUUCACAAUGGGACGCCAUAACCAGACACAUAGGAGUGUCCAGGCUUCCCCUGGAUGAUCCUUGGAAUGUGGCCCGCCUUCUGUGUCCAGAUCUGGGUGUGUGUGUGGUUGCCAUGGUAACAGUCGUCCUCUGCAAAAGAUUGGUCAGGAACAGAGAAAUGGUGGCUGCUGCCAAUAUUACAUCGCUAGACAAUGACUCAACAGAUAAACUCUCCGAUGAUGAUGAGGAUGAUGAGGAUGAUGAGGAGGAGGAGGAGGUGGCAGUGGAGGAAGAGACAUCAGGAGAUGAAGAAGAUGAAGAGAGGUCACUGUCUGGUGACCCUGAUGAAGAAGAGGUUUCCACAGCAACCAGAGCAAAGCAGAUGGCCGAGCGUCUGAAGACCAUGGUUCGGAAAGUCCUGCGGGACCUGGGGAGGAUCGUAGCAAUCAUACUGCUGGCUUUGGCUGGCAUCACACUACCCUCUGCCUUCUCGGCCAUCUACUUCCUGCUUUUCAUUGGCGUGUGCACGUGGUGGGCGUACCACCUUCCCAUCAGUAACUUGGGUUUCAACGCACUGUGUGUGAUGGUGGGCUUCUUCACUGCUGGCCACUUGGUUUGUCUGUACCUGUACCAGAGUCUGCUGGCUCAGGCCCUGUUCCCCCCACACAGUCUCUGGGCCAGACUCUUUGGUCUGAAGGACUUCAUCAUACCAGGAAACUGCUCCUCGCCCUAUGAACUCCACCUCAAUAGUGAUCAUGAUUGGCCUGUUUACGUCAACCCAGGAAUACUGUUCCUUCUCUACAUCGCCAUUGCAAUUGUUCUCAAGACAGGAUGUCAUGGAACAUCUAACCAGGUUAAGGAAGAGCAGCACGACAGAGAGAAGGAGGUGAAGGAGGAGAUGGUGGAGUUAACGUCAUGGAGUCAACAGAAUGAAAACUGUGAAGCUGACACAGAGCUUAUGAUCAUGUCAGAAAGCAGCGGAGGAGAAACUGUGGCUGGAGAGAAUCAGCCAAUCUUAGGUGUUAGUGGCUCCCCCGGUGGUCAACAGAGUGAAAGUCCAUUCUUCCUGCUGGGGAAGGUGGUUAUGCAGCAGAGCUACGUCUGUGCUCUCAUAGCCAUGAUGGUGUGGAGCAUCACCUACCACAGCUGGCUCACCUUCGUCUUGCUGCUGUGGGCGUGUCUCAUCUGGAUCCUUCGUGCCAGACGCCACGCAGCCACGCUGUGCUCUCCGUUCAUCCUGCACUACGGCCUGGCUCUGUGCUGUCUACAGUAUGUGUGGGCCAUGGAGCUUCAGCCUGAGCUGCCCACCACUGUGGGAACCAUGAGCCUCAGACAGCUGGGACUGGACAGAGCCCAGUAUCCCUGUCUCAGACUGGGAGCCAUGAUUCUGUUCACAUUAACAUUCUGGCUGUUAGUGCGUCAGUCAGUGAAGGAGAACUUCAGCAGGAAGAGGAAGAUGGCCACUGCACCACUACAGGAAGUCACUGUUGGAGCAGAGGGGGCUGGUGAUGAAUCAGUGCUGAAAGUUUUGGGAGGCAUGGUGAUGAGCUCUUACGCCAAAUACUGGAUCUACGUGUGUGGAGGGAUGUUCAUCAUGGUCUCCUUUGCUGGGAAACUUGUUGGAUACAAGAUCAUCUACAUGUUGCUGUUCCUGCUCUGCCUCUGUCUCUAUCAGGUGUACUAUUCUCUCUGGAGGCGUCUGCUGAAGCUUUUCUGGUGGCUUGUUGUGGCCUACACCAUGCUGGUGCUCAUUGCCGUCUACACUUACCAGUUUGAAGACUUUCCUCAAUACUGGAGAAACUUCACUGGCUUCACAGAAGAACAGCUGUCAGCCAUAGGUCUGGAGACAUUUGCUCUGUCAGAGCUCUUCACCAGUAUUGUGAUUCCCGGCUUCUUCCUGCUGGCCUGUAUCCUGCAGCUGCACUACUUCCACAAGCCUUUCAUGAGGAUCACUAACCUGGAGCAUGUCACACCCGUACAAAGGAAGAAGAGCAGUGGGACGACUGAACAGAUGGACUGUGGUGGUGAGGCAGACAACUUAGAGAACUUAGAGGAGGAAGACCUGACCAUAGAUGAGGAGUCUGAAGAUGAAGAGGUGUCGGUCCCCAGUAAGUGGGGUCUGGUGAUGGACAGGCUGCUGGAUCUGUCCAGAAGAUUCUCUGACACUCUGACCAAAGUUCAGGUGUUUCUCUGGAGGCUCCUGGAACUGCACAUCCUCAAAAUGGUGGCCUUCUUCUCUGUCUGGGUGGCACUUCAAGAGCCGUCUGUGAUGAACCUGGUCCUGGUGGUGUUGUGGUCUCUGGCCAUGCCCUACAGUCGCUUCAGGCACAUGGCUUCCUGUCUGUCCACGGUCUGGGUGUGCGUCAUCAUUGUGUGUAAGAUGCUGUAUCAGCUCAGUGUUGUCAACCCUGUAGAGUACUCCAGUAACUGCAGCAAGCCGUUACUGAAUGAAACCAACCUGUCACCAGAGGAGAUGCUGAACUCAUCUCUGUACGAUGAGCCAGUGGAUCCAGCCACGUGGUUUGGCAUCAGGAAAGAUGCCACAGUACUGGGAUACACAAAGAACCAUUUACUGGUGCUGAUGCUGUUGGUGUUUGAGGUGACAGUGUAUCGUCACCAGGCUCAUCACUACCGUCAGCUCCAACGAUCCCCCCCCACCAUCCCUGCCCUGUUCCCCGCGGCCACCAGAGACACUCUGGACCAGGGCCUCGUCCCCUGCAUCAAGUACCUGCUCAACUACACCUUCUACAAAUUUGGACUGGAGAUUUGUUUCCUGCUGACGGUGAACGUGAUUGGCCAGCGGAUGAACUUCUUGGUGAUAAUCCACGGCUGUUGGUUGGUGGCCAUCUUGGUGAAGCGUCGGCGUGCAGCGAUUGCCAGGAUCUGGCCCAGAUACUGUCUCUUCCUGUCCAUCUUCAUGAUCUACCAGUAUCUUCUGUGUGUGGGCAUUCCACCUGCUCUCUGUAUAGAUUAUCCGUGGAGGUGGAACACUCCAGUGUUGAUGAACUCAGCUCUCAUCAAAUGGCUUUUUCUGCCUGACUUCUACACUGUGCCCAACUCCAAAAACCUCAUGGCGGACUUUGUGUUGUUGUUGUGUGCGUCUCAGCAGUGGAGGGUGUUUGACUGUGAGCACACUGAGGAGUGGAUGGUUCUGGCAGGAGAGAACACAGACGACCCUGAACCAAUGGAAGGUCGACUCUUUAACCCAGCACCUAACUUCAUCAACUGCAGGAGUUACCUGGACAUGGUUAAAGUGCUGGUGUUUCGUUACCUCUUCUGGUUUGUGCUGUCAGUGGUCUUCAUCACUGGAGCCACCAGGAUCUCGGUGUUUGGACUGGGCUACCUGCUCGCCUGCUUCUUCUUCCUGCUCUUUGGAACACGGCUGCUGCUCAAACCCUCCAGGACCCGCCUCCUCCUGUGGGACUGCCUCAUCAUCUACACUGUGGCAGUUAUUAUAUCAAAGAAUAUGUUAUCAAUCCUGGCGUGUGUAUUUGUAUCUGAGAUGCAGAAGAGCUUCUGUUGGGUCAUUCAGCUCUUCAGCUUGGUUUGCACAGUCAAAGGAUAUUAUGACCCAAACGCAGUGAGUGAUAAGAGCUGCAGUCUUCCCGUGGAGGAGGCCGGGAUCAUCUGGGACAGCAUCUGUUUUCUCUUCCUCUUGCUGCAGAGACGAGUCUUCCUCAGCUUCUACUUCCUGCACGUGACCUCAGAGCUGCAGGCGUCGGCCAAACAGGCCUCCAGGGGGUUUGAGCUCUUCAGAGCCAGCAUCGUGAAGAACAUCGACUUCCACCAACAAGCUGAGAAGAAGUCUCUGUCACAGCUCAAGAGAUCAAUGCAGAGAAUUCGCUCCAAGCAGCAGAAAUACAGAGAUGGACACAAAACAAGUGACGAGUCCAGUCAGAGUCUGACCACAGAGACCAAGACCGAGAAGAAGAAGUCUGGUAAGCAGAAGAAGAAGUGGCACCAGCCGUGGUUGGACCACGCUACAGUGCUGCACUCAGGAGAAUACUACCUGUUUGAAUCAGACAGUGAGGAUGAGGAGGAGCUGCAGUCUGAAGAACAGAAACCACUCAAACUCACUGCAUGUCAGCUGGCGUACCAAGCGUGGGUGUCCAGUGUGAAAACUGCUCUGAGAGAACGGCAGAAACGACAGAAACAGAUGAGGAAAGCUGAGAAAAAAAAGAGAGAAGCGAUGAUGGAGUCGCGACAGGAAGCGCUCUCUGCGAUAGGUUCUAAGGACCAUGUGUUUGCAGACCCUGUGGUUGAGCAGGAGGAGGAGCCAGAGGAACAGUCCGGUCACGGUGAGAUGGUCCAGAGGAUCCUGGACAUCCUUCGCUUCUUAUGGGCCAUAGUUCUGGCCGGGGUGGACGGUCUGUCCCACUGGCUCAACCUGCUCACUAAACAGUACAGAGACAUUUCUACUGUUCUCUGCACUGAGCGCUACUUCAUCAUACACAAGAUACAGCAGCAUCAUGCAGCAACAGCAGACUCCACAGACGACCAGAUAUCUCUGGACAGUGAGAAUCCCACACUGGAGACAUGUUUGGAUGAGACUGAAAACUCCACCAGAUACAGCUGCCUGGAGGUGGACAGCAGCUGUGUUCCAGGCCAGUCUACACCCAGACCAAGGCUCAACAGCACUGGGAACCUCUUGAGUCCUGAACCUCCGUCCAGCAUCAUGGAGCUGCUACCAGAGGAUUCCAAACUUCAACAUAGACACUCCAGAACAGCCAGUGAGCUGCUCGGAGAAAGGCAGUUCUUCAUCGAGGAGCUGGAACAGAGCAGGGACUUCUACACCAACCAGAACCGUCUGCUGAAGCUGCUUUUUGCCAUGUACAACCUGCUGGCAGCAAACUCGGAGCUGGUCUGCUACUUCAUCAUAGUGUUGAACAACGUGGCCAGUGCCUCUGUCAUAUCACUGGUUCUGCCCAUACUGGUCUUCCUGUGGGCGAUGUUGGCUGUUCCAAGGCCAACAAAGAGGUUUUGGAUGACUGCUAUCGUCUACACUGAGGUGAUGGUGGUGGUGAAAUAUCUUUUCCAGUUUGGAUUCUUUCCGUGGAACAGUGUUUAUGAGAUGACUCUCAAUGAAGACAAACCUUUCUUCCCUCCUCGCAUCCUGGGCCUGGAGAAGACGGACAGCUACAUCAAAUAUGAUCUUCUUCAGCUGCUGGUGCUCUUCUUCCACAGAUCUCUGCUCAUGCGUUAUGGUCUCUGGGACCACGAGGGCCCCCUGGAGGAGCAGAGCCCCUCACAAGAAAGUUGUACAGAUGAAACAAAAACUAGGGAAGCAGAAGUUGGAAGGAGGGAGGAGGGAGGAGGAGAGGAGGAGGAUAAGGAAGGCAGAAUCACAUCCUCGUCCACCCUGGACAACUUGGAAAUGAUUGAAGAGGACAAUGUAGACAACGUGGCCCCGAGUGCCAGCUCUGCUCCUGACUCACCACAAUCCCAUGAGGUUGAAUCAGCAGACCGACAGGACAGCGUGCUGACGGAGGAUGAGAAGGAGGGAGAGUGUGAGCAGGUGAUGGAGCAAAUACCAAAGAAAAGCAGUAGCAUUCGCUUCCGCAGGAAAAGUAAACGAGCCAAGCAACAGAGCUGCAAAGCUCGGCCUGAUCCAGUGGAGGCUACAGCUGAGAACACAGAUGCUGGUGAAGAACCAGUGAAGAAGAAGAAAGGCAGGAGGAGAGAAGCAGCCAAUCAGAAACUGCAGGCCGUAGGAAACAAGAUCAAACACAUCGUCGUCUCUGGUGUUCAGAGCGUUUAUAAACCGACCGCAGGCUUUUUCAAGGACAUCCUCCACGCCGAGUAUCGAGCUGCCACCGACGUCUACGCCCUCAUGUUCCUCACUGAUGUCAUCGACUUCAUCAUCAUCAUCUUUGGCUUUUGGGCAUUUGGGAAGCACAGUGCAGCAGCUGACAUCGCCUCGUCUCUAUCGGAGGACCAGGUUCCUGAGGCCUUUCUGGUGAUGCUGCUCAUCCAGUUCAGCACGAUGAUUAUCGACAGAGCCCUGUACCUGCGCAAAACUGUUCUUGGAAAACUCAUAUUCCAGGUGAUCCUUGUGUUUGGGAUACACCUGUGGAUGUUUUUCAUCUUGCCUGCUGUCACUGAAAGGAAGUUCAAUCAAAACUUUGUGGCUCAGCUCUGGUACUUUGUCAAGUGCAUUUACUUUGGACUGUCAGCCUAUCAGAUCCGCUGUGGAUACCCCACUCGUAUCCUCGGAAACUUCCUCACCAAGAAAUACAACCACCUCAACCUGUUUCUCUUCCAAGGGUUUCGUCUGGUGCCGUUCCUGGUUGAGCUGCGAGCAGUGAUGGACUGGGUUUGGACUGACACCACUCUGUCUCUGUCAAACUGGAUGUGUGUGGAGGACAUUUAUGCCAACAUCUUCAUCAUUAAAUGCAGCCGUGAGACAGAGAAGAAAUACCCUCAGCCUAAAGGGCAGAAGAAGAAGAAGAUUGUGAAAUAUGGCAUGGGAGGACUCAUCAUCUUCUUCCUGAUCUGCAUCAUCUGGUUUCCUCUGCUCUUCAUCUCACUGGUCAGAUCAGUGGUGGGUGUGGUCAACCACCCAAUCGAUGUCACAGUGACGGUCAAGCUAGGAGGAUAUGAGCCACUGUUCACCAUGAGUGUGCAGCAGCAGUCCAUUCAGCCCUUCACACAACCUGAAUAUGAACAACUCACCAAAAAGUUUGGAGACAAUGCAGUAGCCAUGCAGUUCAUCACUUUCUACAGUUCUGAGGACAUUGUUACGGCCAUGAUUGAAGGCAGUUCAGGAUCAGUAUGGAGGAUCAGCCCCCCCAGCAGACAGGAAGUCAUUAAAGAGCUACUUGGAAGUCCUGUUGACUUAACACUACGUCUGGCCUGGACUUUCCAGAGGGACCUGGGAAAAGGAGGGACAGUGGAACACACCUUUGACAAACACUCAAUAGCCCUGGAACCAGGAAACCCUGUCAGGGCAGAUCUGGCCUCACUACUGGUCGGCAAUCGCACUCAACCUGUGCUUGUUCCUAAUAUGUUCCCCAACUACAUCCGUGCUCCCAAUGGAGCUGAAGCCAAACCAGUCAGUCAACUGUAUAAAGGUGAUGAAGAAGACUUCCUGAACAUAACUCUGUCCUUGAAGAGCGACAGGUCUCUGAACGACAGUAGAAAUCAGGAGUGGUGGGACAUCGCCAUCGCAGGAUGUGGCCCCUCAUGUGGCGUUUUACCCAUGGUCAUAUUCAAUGACAAAGUCAGUCCACCCAGCCUGGGCUUUCUGGCUGGAUAUGGGAUCAUGGGUCUGUAUGUGUCUGUGGUCUUAGUCAUUGGGAAGUUUGUGCGAGGCUUCUUCAGUGAAAUCUCCCACUCCAUCAUGUUUGAAGAGCUGCCCUGUGUGGACCGCAUCCUCAAGCUCUGUACAGACAUCUUCCUGGUGCGUGAGACAGGAGAACUGGAACUGGAAGAGGAACUGUACUCCAAACUGAUCUUCCUCUAUAGAUCUCCAGAGACAAUGAUCAAAUGGACCCGAGACAUCCACAGCCAAGACUAUGACAGAUACUGACCCACUGACUGAUUAUGUUUGGCUGUGACAGAACACAGUGAAGCACACUCCAAACAUGUCCAGGGGACAGCUCAUGGACGGCUUCAUGAGGACACUCCUUAUUGCUUCUAGAGUGGAUAUUGACUUUCAACCAAGGACAGGCAUGAAAGAAGAUGGACAAUAACAGAUGGAGCCACACCUGUCGCUGUCGCUUCUUCACAGCUGCCUGAGCACCUUUAUACUCCACCUUACACUAUGCAGUCCCACUGUACGUGGAUUUGAUGGCAGCUGGAUGUCUACAGGACUGGAUCUAAUGUCCCUGGAAGACAUGUGUGUUUGUGGAUGAUCAGAGGAUGAAGGUCAAACACUAAAGAUGUUUCAUUUGUGACCUUUGUGCAUUUCAGGCACCCGGGUGGAAAUGAAUAUGUGACUGAAACCUGUAAUUGCAGGUUGAACCAGCUGGAGUCGCUGUAGCUGUAUGUUGGUUGAUUUGAAAGCAUGCCCUGCUGUCACUCAAAAAGGGAGAAAAAAGUUUAUAAAAUCAAUUAUUUUUUUACAAUUAACAAGCAUGUCAUGCAGAAACCAGAUUUGUUAAAACACGUGGGAUCAUUUUCAUUAGACAUGUUGGUAAGAGAGCUGUGGAUCAUUUCACAUUUUCCACACCUGUGAGUCCCCUGAGGUCUGAGGUCUGCUGAGGUCUCUGUGACGUGAAGGUCAUCACCCACACAGAUCUGCCAGGAUGAGCCCAGUAACAUCGAGAGGCUCAGCUGUUUAUUCCCCCUCUGUUGAAACUUAAUAAAUCAGUCAAAAAACCUAAAGGACAACAAAAUGAUUGACUAUGAUACGUGACUGUAGGCCACAGUGGCCCUGGUUUUCAUUCCUGCUGAAACAAUCCACACACGCCAUGUUCAAUGAGAGAGGAAAACAUUUACAAUGUGUUUCAGUGCACUUCACCCUACAGAUUCAGAUGGAAAACCAUUCAAUAUGUUGAACAAUCUUCUUUAACUUAUUUCUUUUUCUAAGUAAUUCAAUUCAUUGUUGCAUCUUGGCAAAUCUAUAAAGCAGCCUGUCACUUCAUCCAUGUGUGAGGGACACUUGGACCCAGAGUUUACGCUAUAUUUACUUUUGACGGCCCUGCAUAUUUAAUGUAAUGACACAGUAUUCUUAGACCACGCCCAGACGGAAACGGCACCAAACAUAAACAAUCUUUCUUCAA